UGGUUUGUCAGAGAUGAGCUGUGAUUAUCUGGCAGCAGCAAUGAAGUCCAACCCCUCCCAUCUGAGACAGCUGGAUCUGAGCUACAACAACCUGCAGAAUUCAGGAGUGAAACAGCUGUGUGGUUUUCUGGAGAGUCCAGGAUGUGGACUUGAAAUUCUGAGAUUUGAGGACUGUGGUUUGUCAGAGAUGAGCUGUGAUUAUCUGGCAGCAGCGCUUAAGUCCAACCUCUCCCAUCUGAGAGUGCUGGACCUGAGUGACAACGACCAGCUGCAGGAUUCAGGAGUGAAGCAGCUGUGUGGUUUUCUGGAGAGUCCAGGAUGUGUACUUGAAACUCUGAAGUCAGUAACCAUGUUUUAGUUGUGCUGAGAUGAAUAUGAUGUGAAAGUUGUGCUGACACUAAACUGCAGACAUAAGGCUGAUAUUAUACUGAUCCACUCUAAGGAUGUUCAUGGUGAAGUUUGUUUUCUUCUCUGGUUUAGUCUAUUGACUGUAGCAGAACAAUCUUCACAUUUCAAAAAGUGAUAUUCAACGUAUGGCCCGUGGCCCACACGUGGCCCUCACAGGUCAAAGGUCACGGCUCAUGGCAAUCUGUGAAACAGAAACAGUGUGGAGUUGGUACCUGUUGAUUCCUGAGCUUUGAUAGUCAAAGGAGCUUGCAAAGAAAAGCGUCUGGACUUCUUUAAGUUACUU